CUUAUCGAUAAUGCGUCAAAAGUUUUGGGAUACUUGGGGAAUGGCAGCAGGCUCAUAAAUUCCACCCAACCUCACAUUUUCGUUUACAUUCCACACCACAACGUGCGUCACUUUGAGCUAAUCACGGUGUCACGGAACCGAAGAGACGACACCUGUGUAAGAUCUUCACCGAAACGGAACGAAACAGCGGGUAGAUCAGCCUCUCUAUCACCCACUGACGAGCUCCAGGUCCAGCUCCAGCGUCGGCCUUGAUACCAGAUCGUAAAUAUACUGCUGGCAUCACAUCGCAUCGCGCCUUCUCAAAACCGUCACCAUGCCGAGGGCGAAAACAAGCAAGCGCUAUCGCAAGCUGAUGGGCCAGUUUGAAAGAACAUUCGGCUUUCGCGAACCUUACCAAAUCAUCGUUGAUGCGAAUCUCCUCUCCGAUGCCUGCCGCUUCAAGAUGGACCUCCUCAAGGGCUUUCAGCAAACCCUGUCUGGCCAAGUCAAGCCGCUCAUUACGCAGUGCUCCAUGCGCCACCUCUACGGCAGUAAAGGCGAGCCAGGUGUUGAGGCUGCCAUUGAGCUCGGCAAGACUUUCGAGCGUCGUCGCUGUGGCCAUCAUCCCGACCAGUAUCCGAAGCCACUCAGUACGCUUGAAUGCUUGGGAAGCGUGGUGGAUCCCAAGGGCAACGGGUUCAACAAGCAUCGAUACGUGGUCGCGGCGAACGAUCAGGAAACAAGACAGAUGUUGAGAUCUGUGAAAGGCACGCCAUUGGUCUACAUCAGCAGGAGCGUCAUGAUCAUGGAGCCAAUGGCCGACGAGAGUGUACAAGUGAGAAACAAGGAGGAGAGAGCUAAGCUGAAGGCAGAGAUCAAGAGAUUUGCCGAGGGCAGCAAGAGAAAGAGGGACGAGGAUAGUGACAGCGAUGCCGAGGAAGGUGGCGCCGAGAAGGUCAAGGAGCAGGCUUCUGGUGCCGGAGACAGCGCCGACCCAGAGAAGAAAAAGAAGAAGGGACCGAAAGGACCAAAGGGUCCCAACCCUCUGGCCAACAAGAAGAAGAAGUCUUCUACAGAGACGUCCAAGAAGUCCAAGGCGGAGGUUGCCUCAGAUGCUGCCUCAAAAGACGGCCCCAAGAGAAAGCGAAGAAGGAAGACCAAGACCGGAGCAGAUGGUGCCGACGAUGACAACGCAGCUCCUGGUGGCUCUGAAGCUCAUCAAGCUGGUGACGAUUCUGAGUAAAGGUUGCCUCAGCAUUGGGAAGUCUAAAAGCAUGAGAAUGGGCGUUAGGUGUUCUAAAACGGACCAAGGGAUGGACUUGCUCUCAAAGCAUUUGAUACCAAUAAUUGACAUUUUAUUUCUCUAUCAA